AUGUGCCAGCAGUAUUUACUGAAGUUCAAGGCUUGCGGGCAUUUUGAGAGAGAUGAGGAACGUAUCUAUUGCGACCUAUACGACUGUUCCUUUCCCGACAGCUGUCUACAACGUUUCGAGGCCGAUAUCAUCCGAGAAUUUACCCCUGGGGACAGUCAAUGUUAUAGGUGCCUCUAUCGCGAAUACUUGGAUGCGCAAUGGGAUCGUAUCGUAAGCACAAAUAUGGACGACACACGACUCGCUUUUAUUAUGGCGAGAGAAUGCCUUUUCUCUUUCAACUUCGUCACAAUGGAACAUCUACAACAAGUCCAGCACCUAUUAACUCAUACAUACAUUUCCCAAGGUAUCGUAAUAGAUGUACGACUAGUACUGACUAUGAUGGGCUACAAAAAUGCGGAGCUCGAGACCAAGGUUAAUGUUGAUGACCAAGAUACUUGUACAGGUGAACUUUCACCUAUUCCAACGCUAGAAGACUACAUGCUCCAAUUCGCACCUACCCCAAUAGCGGACCCUGAGCUCCUAGCUGCAAAUGUCCCUGAAAAUGCCGUACCUACACCCGCACAGGACCCAGAGGCAAAUCAGUAUAGUUAUGAAACGCCUUUGAAUUACCCGCCGACUCCCAUGCCGACUCCUUGGUCUAUGGGAAUGCCGGAAAUGUAA